AUUGCCAAGUUGAAGAGGGAGGUGAAUGGACAUGUUGUUUAUACAUAACAGUGUUUGCGAAUAGACCAUAACUAACUUCAUUUAAAACGUCCAGGAUUUUUUCAUUUUGAUUUCAUGCUUGGUGCAUUCGACAAAGGUGAGUUUUAAGAAGGACAUAACUGAUUGUUUCACUUGUAACUAUCACAUAAAUAAUAACGCUUCAUUUUAUGCCUGGCAUCGCGCCAUCUAGCUUCUAAUUCUAAGAAUUUUAAAAAGAAACAUUUUUACGGGAAUUCCCAAUGACUAAGGUUUUUAAAAACAAAAAAUGUUUUCAAAUUUCAAAGGUUGCAUAAGAAAAACUAUAACCGUGUGUUAUUAUGGUCUCUGGUCAUUUGAGACAACUCUAUUUCGGUAGUUCUUUUGGUAUCUGGUUGUGUAAGAUACAUUAUAAUUGAGUCGUUAUAACCACAGCGGCGUACGAAUGGGUGGUUGGAUGUAUGUGGCGCUACAAGGCUCCCCCGAUUUGGCAAACCUGGUAAGAAAAAAAAAAGCUGCAAUGUGUGAGUGAGGCAAGGUGGAAGGUAAGAGAGGGACGCGGUGGCCACCACUGGAGGGCCUAGGUGGAAGGUAAGAGAGGGACGCAGUGGCCACCACUGGAGGGAUGAGAAAGUCAAUCUCCUCCUCAUUUGGUAUGUGCUUUCGUUCAUAACACAGAUCCAAUAGAGGUAGAAGGUGAUGGGAGAGAGAAAGAGAAAAAAAGAGAGAACGAGAAAAAAAGAGAGAACGAGAAAAAAAGAGAGAAUGAGAAAAAAAGAGAGAACGAGAAAAAAAGAGAGAACGAGAAAAAAAGAGAGAACGAGAAAAAAAGAGAGAACGAGAAAAAAAGAGAGAACGAGAAAAAAAAAGAGCAGAAGAGAGAGAGAAAAAGAGAAAAAAAGAGAGAAAGAGAGAGAGAAAGAGAGAGAGAAAGAGAGAGAUGAGAGAAUAAAAGAGAGAAAGAGAGAGAGAAAGAGAAAAACAGAGAGAAAGAGAAAAAAAAGAGAGAAAGAGAGGGAGAGAAAGAGAACAAAAGAGAAAGAGAAAAAAAAGAGAGAACGAGAGAGAGAGAGAAAAAGAGAAACAAAGAGAAAGAGAGAGGGAGAGAGAGAGAGAGAGAGAGAGAAAAGAGAGAGCGAGAGAGAAAGAGAAAAGAGAGAGAGAGAAAAAAAUGAUAAAUAGAAUAAAGCUUAAUCUCCUAAAACUAAAACAUUUAACUCUACGCAUUUUAUCGUGCAUGAACUCACAGCACAUGAACACAGGCUUCACAAUCCUGUAAUUAUUAGGCGAUCCUGUGAUGCUAUUGACUGGUGACCUUUAUUCUACAGCAAUUCAAAGACCAACCAAAUGUCAGAUCUAGUGCAGGAUGACCUGACCUUGAAGGGUCUGUUUGAAGGUGAGAUUCAGAUUUCCAUUAUUUACCAUUUUUAGCUAAAGUAAACAUUAUUUUUUUCCUGAGUGGGUCUUGGAUUAGCUCCUGGGGGAGGGGGUGGGGAAGGGGGUGGGGAGACUAGGAUGAGUGAAAUAAAAUCUGAAAUUACAAGAAUAGCUUAACGGGAUGUUUUGGAGACACAUUCCGUGUUUUAAAACAAUUAAUACACACAUGUUAAUUGAAUAGAGCCUACUUUGAAAUUAACAUAAUAUAUGAUACACAGCAUCAAACUGAGCAGACUGAGUUUGUACCAAUGUUUUCAAAAAUGCAUCAAUUGAAUUGUUGAGAUUAUUAUUAUUAUUGCAGUGUUUGUUAUAUAGCGCAGUACCCCAGCCCAAGGCUAGGCUCACUGCUCAGUACCCCAGCCCAAGGCUAGGCUCACUGCUCAGUACCCCAGCCCAAGGCUAGGCUCACUGCUCAGUACCCCAGCCCAAGGCUAGGCUCACUGCUCAGUACCCCUGCCCAAGGCUAGGCCCACUGCUCAGUACCCCAGCCCAAGGCUAGGCUCACUGCUCAGUACUCCAGCCCAAGGCUAGGUCCAAUGCCCUUCACAUUAAAAUAAGCAAUUUCAGAAAAGUAUACAUUUAAAAACAACGAUUGGUAAAAAGCUUGACCUCACCCACCCAAGUACUAUCUACCCUUGUCUAGCCAUGAUCAGCACCCAGCAGCAUUGAGCGUUGUUUAUUAGUUAGAGGGGGGUGAGAAUGAGUCGGUACAGAACAGUUUGAAGAGAUGGGUCUUGAUGGCAGUUUUGAAGUUUGUGAUGGUCGGUAUGCAGCGCAUGUGUUUUACCAGUCUAGCGAAUCAUCCUUUCUCUUUUCUUCAUUCCAAAACCUUAACAUCCUCUAAUAUGAUGUAAUAUUUCAGGCAAGCAUGAGGUCGCAGACAUUAAGAUGGAAGCCAGCUCACUUGCGUUCGCCUUCGAUUGCGAAAAACAUAAAACAUAUAACAGUCACGACGGUUUCAUACCGUACACAGAUUUCUGCCGGAGGAGUCUGCCGAGGCGUUACAGAGAUCCCUACUUGCUGGACGUGAUCAAAGUCAUCGCCUUCCUCACAGUGAGGAUUGACGUCACCUACACCAGCCCAGCGAGGCCGCUUGCUUAUCCGUGCAGCGAGUCUCGGGGACGCACGGCAAAGCGUUCGGGGACCGGUCGUAUCGGAAUGGUGUGGAAGUACACGGACAACGACCACCGCACUUGUCCGUGUACUGCGUGCAAACAGUCGGAGAACCCCGUGAGAAACUGGGGCUUGAUUCGGGUCAUCACGGCGGUGCAUGUCGUCUACGACAAGGCCGAGGCCCUCAAGGCGACAUGUCGGUUUGGGUACGAUUCAUACAAAAGCCCUACGGUCAUUUUCGAAGGCGUCGACAUGGAGAGAGCAGACGUGAACGACGACAGAUGUCAUUUGUCGUGCGUCACCCACGACCUUGAACUCUUGGACAAGCUGAAGCUCCAGUGGUCACGGUAUCCGGCGCUCCACAGAAAAGUCACGGAGAAAUUUAAGCGACCUAAUGACAAACUCGUUGUGAUCGUGUCGCACCCCCACGGCUGCAGCAAACAUGUGUCUCUUGGGUCUUGGACCAACAAGGUCAUCACAGGCGCGACCUCGCCCGGUCCGGAUGCACCCACGCCGGGUCAGGUUGAGUCCUCGCCCAGUCAGGGUGCCUCCUCUCCCAUUCAGGGUGCGUCCUCUCCCGGUCAGGGUGCGCCCUCUCCCAUUCAGGAUGCGUCCUCGCCCGAUCAGGCCGUAUCCCCGCCUGUCCACCCGUUCGUCAAGUACACGUACACGACCACAACAUGUCCCGGUUCUAGCCGGGCCACGGUGUACAUCAUGGGGAGGACGUGGGGACUUUGGUACAAUCAGAUCCACAGUGGCCACAAACCGGAAGUCAACUACAACUACAGUGGCAACGGUUGCCACUGAGGAGACUCCACCUGAAUUUAAACAAACACAUAUGACAGUGUAAGAACGUAUACAAUAUUAGCUAACUUGUAAUUUGUUUCAUUUAAAUCCAUUUUAAGAUCUUCAACUGCCACUAUGUAUUAAAAAGAUCUUCAACUAUACGUAUGUAUUAAUCAAAUCUUAAACUGUCGCUAUGUAUUGACUAACAUCCACAUCAUAUUAUAAUCUUCAACUGUCACUAUGUAUUGACUAACAUCCACAUCAUAUUAUGAUCUUCAACUGUCACUAUGUAUUGACUAACAUCCACAUCAUAUUAUGAUCUUCAACUGUCAC